CUAACCAAGCGGUAUAAGAUAAACGUCCACACCUUAAUAGGCUUUCAUCCAUUGAUUCACAAUUUCUUCGAGUUUUUUACUUUGUGCGUGUGCUGUGCCAUACUCUGUUCUCUCGCGCCAAGAACAGAGCUUGGGUCUGUCUUCUCAAACAGAGCGUGCGUGCGUCACUGUCGAAGCUCCACCUCACACCACCGCUCUACCGUCGCGUUUGGGGUUUCGCCACCACCGCUGCAGAGGGUUGUUGCCGCCGCCGCCGCCGCCGCCGUGUGACGAUGGAUAAUGAUGACAGUCUAAAGAAUUGGGUAUCCGACAAAUUGAUGUCUCUAUUAGGAUAUUCUCAGCCCACCCUUGUUCGGUACAUGAUCGGACUAUCCCACCAAGCUUCUUCACCGGCUCAUUUGGUUGACAAACUAGUGGAGUUUCGGAUCCCAUCAUCAAGCGACACUCGCGCAUUCGCGGAGGAAAUUUUUUCUAGGGUUCCUCGUGUACCAUCGAGUUUGAAUCAGUAUCAGAAACAAGAGAGGGAGGCUGCAAUACUGGCAAGGAAGCAGAAGACUUACACAAUUUUAAAGGCUGAUGACAAUAGUGACCAUGCAUAUGCAUAUAAAUCUAGAAAGCCUGAUAAUCGUAGCAAACGUUUCAGGAAGAAAUCAGAAGUUCACGAUGAUGAGGGAAUUGCGAGAAAGGAGAGGGGGAGACAAGUUAAGAGAAGAAUUUCCCCUCAUAAAGAUAAUCAUUCAGAUUCAGAAGAAGAAGAAGAAAUAUUGGAAGAUCAAAGAGAGAAGAAGGAAUUAGAGCGGCAUAUGAGAGAAAGAGACGAAGCAGUGACACGGAAGUUGGUGACUGAACCGAGAUUAACGCGAAAGGAGAAAGAAGAGGCCAUUCGAAGAUCUAAUGCUGCAGAGAAUGAUGACAUUCAAACCUUGAGAAAUUUUUCGAGGCAAGAAUACUUGAAGAAAAGGGAGGAAAAGAAAUUGCUACAACUGAGAGAUGAUAUAGAAGAUGAGCAAUAUCUGUUUGAAGGUGUUGAGCUUUCAGAAGCAGAAUUAUGCAAACUGAGGUACGAUAAAGAGAUGUAUGAGCUUGUGAAGAAGCGGUCGAAAGAGGAUGAUAAUGUGAAUGAGUACUAUAGAAUGCCAGAAGCUUAUGAUCAUGAAGGCGGUGUUAACCAGGAGAAGAGGUUUUCUGUGGCUAUGCAGCGUUACAGGGAUCCAAAUGCUGAGGAUAAGAUGAAUCCAUUCGCCGAACAGGAGGCCUUGGAGGAACGUCAAAUUCGAAAGGCAACGUUGAAGUUUGACUCAAGAAAUAGAAAACAAGCCUUUGAUGAGUAUCAGUUUGUGUUUGAUGAUCAGAUUGAUUUUGUCAAGACAUCGGUAAUAGAUGGAGAUAAGUUUGAUUAUGAAGAGAUGGUGGAAGAUUCACAUGAAAAGUCCAGAGCAAAGACAGCUAGGGAAGCACUUCAGGAAGAGAGGGAAAAGCUACCCAUUUACCCUUAUCGGGAGCAAUUGCUCCAAGCUGUUCACGAUCACCAGGUACUUAUCAUUGAUGGUGAAACUGGUUCGGGGAAGACUACACAAAUUCCUCAAUACCUUCAUGAAGCGGGCUACACAAAACAUGGAAUGGUUGCGUGUACUCAGCCGCGACGCCUUGCUGCUAUAAGUGUUGCUGCUCGAGUUUCCAAAGAAAUGGGUGUUAAAUUAGGACAUGAGGUUGGCUACUCCAUCCGUUUUGAAGAUUGUACAACAGAUAAGACAGUGAUUAAAUACAUGACAGAUGGAAUGUUGCUGAGGGAAUUCCUUGGUGAACCUGAUUUGGCAAGUUAUAGUGUUUUGAUCGUGGAUGAGGCUCACGAAAGAACACUAUCAACAGAUAUUCUGUUUGGAUUAGUAAAGGAUAUUGCUCGUUUCAGACCUGAUCUCAAGUUGCUGAUAUCAAGUGCUACACUUGAUGCUGACAAGUUCAGCGAUUACUUUGAUUCUGCACCAAAAUUCAAAAUUCCAGGGAGACGGUAUCCUUAUGAAAUAUUUAACUUUACCGAAGCACCAAGUGACUACUUAGAUGCAGCAAUUGAGGCCUCACUCAAAAUCCAUGUCACUGAACCUCCUGGAGAUAUAUUGGUAUUCCUUACGGGUCAAGAAGAAAUUGAAACAGCUGAAGAAAACUUGAAGCAUCGGAUCAGAGGCUUGGGGACUAAGAUUGGUGAGUUAAAAAUCUGCCCUAUAUAUGCCAACCUACCAACUGAACUUCAAGCUAAAAUAUUUGAUCCCACUCCUGAAAGGGUGCGAAAGGUUGUCCUUGCUACUAAUAUUGCAGAAACGUCAUUGACAAUUGAUGGCAUCAAGUAUGUCAUUGAUCCAGGAUAUUGUAAGAUGAAGAGUUAUAAUCCAAGAACCGGAAUGGAGUCUUUGAAAGUAACUCCAAUCUCAAAAGCUUCAGCUAUGCAAAGAGCCGGUCGUUGUGGAAGAACAGGUCCUGGUAAGUGCUUCCAACUGUAUACUGCAUAUACUUUUCACAAGGAAAUGGACGAUAACACUGUACCAGAAAUACAGCGGACUAACCUUGCAAAUGUGGUUUUAACUUUAAAAUGUCUUGGUAUUGACAAUGUAAUGCAUUUUGAUUUUAUGGAUCCUCCAUCUGAUGAUGCCUUAUUGAAAGCUCUUGAGCUUUUAUAUGCAUUAAGUGCAUUGAAUAAGUUUGGUGAGUUAACUAAGGUUGGUAGACGGAUGGCAGAGUUCCCUCUUGAUCCUACAUUGUCAAAAAUGAUAGUGGCCUCAGAAAAGUUCAAGUGUUCAGAUGAUAUAAUCUCUAUUGCUGCUAUGCUUUCUGUUGGUAAGUCAAUAUUCUACCGUCCAAAGGAUAAACAAGUAUAUGCAGACAAUGCAAUGAGGAAUUUUCACACUGGAAAUGUUGGAGACCAUAUUGCAUUACUAAGGGUCUACAAUUCAUGGAAGGAGACCAAUUAUUCAACACAAUGGUGUUAUGAAAAUUACAUACAGGUAAGGAGCAUGAGACAGGCUAGGGAUAUCCGUGAUCAACUUGCAGGUCUUUUAGAGAGGGUUGAGAUCGAACUAACUUCAAAUUCUAGUGAUUUCGAUGCCAUCAAGAAAUCCAUUACAUCUGGGUUUUUCCCACACUCUGCGAGACUGCAAAAGUAUGGAAUAUAUAAGACUGUUAAACAAUCACAGAAUGUUCGCAUACACCCUGGUUCGGGGCUGGCGCAGGUUCUUCCUAGAUGGGUUGUAUACCAUGAACUAGUACUCACAACCAAGGAAUAUAUGAGGCAGGUGACAGAGAUAAAUCCAGGGUGGCUGGCGGAGAUAGCCCCUCACUAUUACCAGCUGAAGGAUGUUGAAGAUUCAUAUUCCAACUAGAUGCCUCAUGGAGCAGGACGUGCAUAUUUGGACAGCUAGCGGGCACAGUGGCACAUUUGUUUAGUCACUCAAAAGAAAGGAACAUGAUGCGAGCCGACUUAUCCAACAAGGAGAAUGCUCAUAAAUCAUCAAAGGCAUCCAGCCACAUUCUCACCUACUAUUCUGGUGCUAAGGAAGGCUCAUUUUGAUGCUUCCAAAGAAACUAACAAAUUGGUAUGUUAUGACAGCUAUAAUCGUUUUCUUUUUCAUUUUUAGCUUUCAUGAUGAGAUUGGCUCCCCCUUAAUUUUAUUUUAUUUUUACCAUUUUUGCUAAAUAUGAUGAUCGAUGUCAUGGCUACAUGGUGUGAACCAUUUAAAUACAUGGACACAAUUAUCGAGAAUUUGCUGCAAAGUACAGGAACGUGGGAUUCAUGAUGUGGAUGAACUGAUGGUAAUGUUAUGACUUAAGAGCAACACACUAUAUACAUCAUACAUUCAUAAUGCAUUAUUACUUUUUUGCGCUGUAUCCAUUUACAUAUUCAAAAUAACUUUUCUAAGGUGUGGGAAUUCUGUUUCAAAUGGAUAGGGAUUUUGACAGUUCUGAAUGCAGAUAUACGAAGUCAAUUUCAUCAGUUUUGUGAUUCGGUAGGUGUUUGUGGAUUGGAUGGGGAGGGGUGGAGGGUGGCGUGGUUUUCUGUUAUAAGAGCAAUGUGGAUUGGCAGGAAUCAGAUUAUUUUUAGACAUGAAAAGCCUUCACCCUAAGGAUAUUUUUGAUAAUGCUUUACUGCAAGCUUGGAAGUGACUUAAAGCAAAAAAGAAGGUUUCUGCUAUUCGUUGACAGAUUGGAUGCAGAACCCGAUUGUUUCGGGUGUAGAAAUUUAUGAAAAAGCUCCAAUUUUGCAGGAGAAGGUUGAAUGUUGAUGGUGGUUUUGUCACGGGUUUUUUAAUCAUGUGGCGAGCUUGGGAGAUGCUGGUAGAUUGUAGAAUGUACUGAAAUGUGGCUACGGACAAAAAUUAUCAGAACAGAACACAACAGUCUUGGUUUUGUUUUUAAUUUAUUCAUGUAGAGAAGUUUUAUUAUGGGAGUAGAAUUGAUGCUGUUGGAUUGGUGUAAGGAGCUGUCUCGUUAAAUGGCAGGACUUUGUUAUGGUUUGAAGCAUAUGGUAGUAUCUAAAGUAUUCGUAUGCA